UGAACAAAAGAAGAAGAAGAAGAAGAAGGAGGCUGAUUGAAGCAGAAGCGUAGAAGAAGAAGCGGUUCCUGUCACAGUGCGCAAAUGCGCAUCCAACAGUUGCGAGCGAACCCCGCAGACCCCGCAGACCCUGACAGCACCAGGCUGGGAAACGACACGUUAGGACGGAAGAGGAAACAGCGCUUCAGGAGCAAGACCGAGGCCGCAGGAAGAGCCUGUGACGCGGCAGAGACCAUGGUGGGGGAGCGUCGCAGCGGGAACCUUCUGGUCCAGCUCGGUCCCAGACUCCAGGCGUAUCCUGAGGAGCUGAUUCGCCAGCGGCGGACACAUGACGGCCAGACGGAGUACCUGAUUCGCUGGUGCCUCGUCACCCUGGACGACGGCUCCAGUUCCGGGGGCGGGGCCGGCGAGGCGGGAGGGGUUAGCGCCUCCAGCUCCGGGGUGGGCGGGGCCGGCGCCUCCUCCUCGGGAGAAACCAAACCGGAGAACAUCCUGAUGUGGAUGUCCACGGAGGACGUGUACGCCAACUGUCCCACGCUGCUGGGCAAGAGGAAGACGGACGGUUGCCAGGGAAACGGCGGCGAGGCGGCGGACGGUUGCCAAGGAAACGGCGGCGAGGCGGCGGCGGACGUGACCUUCGACGAGGUGGAGCUGUCGGACAUGAAGGAGGACGUGAAGAACCUGGUGCGGCGAGCCAGGAAGCAGAUGGCCAAGAAGAGCGACUUCUCCAUCAACAUCAUGCACACGAUCCACGUCCUGUCCGCCUACGCCAGCAUCGGCUCGCUGGUCGGCGUCUUCAAGGAGACCGGCGCCCUCAACCUCCUCAUGGAGCUGCUCUGCAACAAGGAGACGCAGACCAGGCGCAGCGCCGGCAAAAUGCUGCGAGCGCUCGCAUCCCACGACGCAGGAAGCCGGGCCUAUGUCCUGUUGUCCCUCAGUCAGCAGGACGGCAUCGAGCAGCACAUGGACUUCGAUAACCGCUACACUUUGCUGGAGCUGUUUGCUGAGACCACGUCCUCAGAGGAGCACGGGAUUUCCUUCGAAGGCAUCCACCUGCCGCAGAUUCCAGGUAAGCUGCUGUUCUCUCUGGUCAAGCGUUACCUGUGCGUCACGUCUCUGAUGGACAAGCUGAACACUGCGUCGGGGGCGGAGCCUAGCUCUGACAGACAGGAAGCCAGCCCUGCUCCGGCAGCCGCCUCCUCUAGCUCCGCCCACCAGACGGACCACCUGCGCCUCCAGAGAGAGUUCGACUUCACCAUGGCGAUGGCCAACCUGAUCUCAGAGCUGGUCCGGGUCAUGGGCUGGGACCGGAACCGCCACCCGCCCAACGGCACCGCCCCCUCCCGCCACCCAGGAGGGGGCGUGGCCUGCGGUGAGCGUCAGCAGGGGGAGGAGCCGCCCCGCCCCGUCCUCAGGUCCAUCUUCCAGCCUCGGUUUUGCGCCUCGUCCCCGGUGAUCUCCGUUAGCGCUGCCGUGGCCCCGCCCACCGCCGCCACCGCACCAACGAAGAAGAAGAACGGGUUCAAGACGCGGUCGGACUUCGGCAGCCGCUCGGCCUACGUGGAGUACGUGCAGGAGAACCUGAAGAGCGGCAUGAUGGUCCGCAUGCUGGAGGACUACGAGGAGGUGUGCGCCCGCGACGAGGGCGAGUUCCGCUACAGCAACGAUGGAUCUCCUCCCGUCCAGGUCUACUGGAACUCCCUGUCCAGGACCUACUGGGUCCACUGGCACAUGGUGGAGAUCCUGGGUGGAGGAGGAGGAGGUGGUGGCGCCCAGGCUGAGAAGGAGACGCAGGAGAAGGCCUCCUCCCUGACGGAGACGCUGCAGCUCAGCUCUGCCAGCCAGACGUUCUUCUCCAAACCCCCCGGGGGCCUCUACUCGCUGCCGUACCUCCAGGAGCCUCUGGGGGAGCCGUCCGUCCUGAGCCGGGCCGAGUGGUGGGAGGUCCUCUUCUUCAUCAAGAAGCUGGACACCAAGCAGCAGCAGGAGGACGUCCACCGGGUCCUGAGACAGAGCCUGGACGAGCAGGACCUGGAGCUGGACGAGUCGUCCCUCAUCAGCCUGUCCGUCCCCGGGGACGUCGCCAAGAAGCUGCUCCACUACCUGAAGCAAAAUCUGCCGUCGUGGUGUCUCAGCGACCUCCUGAGCUCCCACGUCUUCUCCAAACACUACCUGAGGACAGGAGGGGGGAGGCUGGAGGACGAGGAGCUGCUGGCUGAGAGCUCCCUGGGCUCCUCCAGUCUGGGAGGAGGAGGAGGAGCAGGAGGUGAAGCUCAGAGCUCCUCGUCCUCUGUGUCCAAGAAAGCCAAGAAGGAACCUCCUCCUGAUCCAGAGACGGACAGCGAGCUCCCCACGGAGGACGACAGCAAGUACCCCGAGGACCUGGAGGACAAGAUAAAAGUGUUUAACACCCCCCGGGUCCAGGGGAAGAAGACGGUCUUGGAGAAGCUGGGGGAGGUGGUGGACCUCCUGAAGAAGGGGGGGUCGUCCUCAGACCAGGACCACCAGCUGGCUGCCGUCCUCUUCAUCACCAGACUGCUGGACGACAACGGAGCUCAGGACAAGAACUCCACGAGGAGCGACUCGGCCCAGACCGUCAGGGAGAAGCUGCUGAAGCUGCUGGUGGAGCUACUGUCCUCGUCCUCCAGGGACGUGGUUGUGAGCGCGCUCAGACUGACCCACGUCCUCAUGCUGCAGUUUGAAUGGAGGGUGUCCUUCGCCACCGAGGGGGGGGUCAAGGCUGUGCUGUCCUGUAUGCAGGAGUUCCCCUCCUCCGUCCCCCUGCAGCAGCUGGCCCUGGCGGUCCUGAAGGUGAUCACUGGAGCCAGUAAACAUGACCUACGCAGUGUGGGUGGUGGCCCCCCCCUCUCAGAGUCUGGGACCCAGAUGAUGCUGGAGAUCUUCGCCAGUAUCGGCUCAGCCACGCCCCCCCACUCCAGAGGACUCCUGGACUCUGUCCCCUCGGCCAUGGACGUCCUGCUGGACACGCCAGGGUGCUCCGCCUCCAUCAGGAACGGGCUGCUUCUCGUCAUCAUGCUCGUCUCCAACCACAAGAGUCUGGCUGAGCAGCUGGUGGACGCCGGCGUGUCCAACGUCCUCAGGAAGUGUCUCCGUCUGUCCAGGGAGCACGCCAUGCUGGCCAUCAUCGCCCUCAACCACAUCUCCAUGGUCCACAAGCUGGACACCAAAGAGAGCCGUCCCCAGCUGGACCUGAAGGACACGGAGCUCCAGAUGUUGGUGGUGAGUCUGAAGGAGGUGACGGUGACGAAGGAGGUGAUCCAGACUCUGGAGCAGAUGCUGUGUGAAGACACGUCUCAGCUGGAGGACGAACGCCGCCAGGUAACUCGCAGCAGAGACACCUACCAGGACCUGGUUCGCCUCCUGGAGCAACACCGGGCGGACCGGGCCAUCCAGCUCUCCAUCCUCAGGAUUCUCAACAAGUUCCUGGACAGCUACCAGGAGGACGUGUUGCCGUGGCACGAGAGCAUCGAGCCCUGUCUGUCCUCCAUGACGGCCUUCAUCAACGACAGAGAGGUGGUGCAGCUGCUGAUCCGGUUCCUGUACCGGCUCGCGUCUCUGAACAAGGACUACGCUGUGGUGAUGUGUCGCCUGGGAACCAAAGACGCUCUGGUCAAAGCUCUGGACAAACACAGCAGCAACCUGCUGACCCUCCCCGAGCUCCGAGACCUCCUCAGCGACUGUGACAAGUACGCCAGCCUCUACAAGAAGAUGACCACCAGCGUCCUGGCGGGAUGCAUCCAGAUGGUGCUGGGUCAGAUUGAAGAGCAUCGUCGCAGCCAUCAACCAAUCAACAUCCCGUUCUUCGACGUCUUCCUGAGGAAUCUGUGCCAGGGGUCCAGUGUGGAGCUGAAGGAGGAUAAAUGCUGGGAGAAGGUGGAGGUUUCGUCCAAUCACCAUCGAGCGAACAAACUGACGGAUAAGAACCCAAAGACGUACUGGGAGUCCAACGGCUGCACCGGCUCCCACUUCAUCAACAUCUACAUGCACAAAGGAGUCGUCAUCAGACUACUGUCCAUCCUGGUGUCCAGUGAGGACUCCAGCUACAUGCCGGCCAGGGUUCUGGUUCUGGGAGGAGACGAUCCGUCCAACAUCAACACGGAGCUCAACACAGUGAACGUGACUCCUUCCUCCAGUCGUGUGGUCCUCCUGGAGAACUUGACCCGGUUCUGGUCCAUUAUUCAGAUCAGGAUCAAGAGAUGUCAACAGGGAGGGAUCGAUACUCGUGUCCAUGGCUUCGAGGUCCUCGGUCCUAAGCCGACCUUCUGGCCCGUCUUCAAGGAGCAGUUGUGUUGUCGAACCUUCUUGUUCUACAGCACCAAGGCCCACACCUGGUGUCAGGAGGUGAAGGAGGAGCAGAGCCAGCUGCUGCAGCUCUUCAACAAACUGAACAGCGCUCUGAGACAUGAGCAGAUGUUUGCAGAUCGUUUCCUUCCAGACGCUGAAGCAGCUGAAGCUCUGGGUCGAACCUGCUGGGAGGCUCUGAUCACCCCCAUAGUCCACAGCAUCACACACUCAGGUACACACUCAGAAUCCUCGGCGUGUAGUCCUCUGUCAUGGUUGCUCAGUGAAUACCUGGAAAACGCCGAGUCAGCGCGACGCUAUAAGAGCCGGGCGGCCAUCUUUAACUCCAGAGUGAGACGCCUCACACACCUGCUGGUCCACGUGGACACGAGACAAGUGGACGGAGACGAGCUCAGACCACCCGUCAAGACAAACGGUAAGGAGGGAAAGAACAAAGACGCCUCCUCCUCCUCCACCACCUCCUCCUCCACCUCCUCAGCUAAACCCAAAGUGAAGAGCAGCAGCAGCAUCGCAGGCAUCGCCCUCUGCUGGCAGGGAGUGGUACAGCGCCAGGUGAAGAGGUUCCUGGAGUCCAGCUGCAGUCUUCCAGACUUCGUGGAGUCUUAUCGGUCUCUGUACGUGCGUCUGAAGAACGCCAUGGAGGAGCUGUUCGGUCAGCAGACGGCCUUCGUCCUGGCUCUUCGUCACGGCUUCUCUGCUGCUCUGCUGCAGCUUUCCAUCCUCAGAGCCAUGCACGUGAGCGAGCGUUUUGCUCAGUACAUCGACCAGAUGAUCCAGGCCUCUGGUGGAGUGGAGACUCUGGAGCGUCUGAACCAGUUCCUGGAGCCGAUGCUGUUCCUGUCGGGUCUGGAGUUGGCCAACACCUUCGAGCACUUCUACAGGUACUACCUGGGGGACCGGCUCCUGUCCCGGGGGACCCUGUGGCUGGAGGAGGCCGUGGUGAACCAGAUCGGGAGCUGCUUCCCGAGCCGCUUCCCUCAACAGAUGCUGAAGAACCUGAGUGAGUCCGAAGACCUGCAGCAAGAGUUCCACCUGUACCGGCUCCAGCAGCUGGACCGGCUCCUGCAAGACCAGGACCAGGGCUCAGGCAGCCCACAGCUGGACCUGCGCCUGCAAGAUCAGGACCAGAUGAUGGAAGACCAGUGGGUGGAAACAGAGGAUGAGGUGGACGUCCAGGUCCUGGUUUUGUCCCCUCGUUGCUGGGCCGUGUCCUCACUCUGUUUCCUGGAAGAACCGAGUCGACACUUUCCCCCAGAACUCAGCUCCUACCUGGUCCACUUCACCAGGUUCUACUCCCACAGUCAGUCCAUGCUGGGUCCUGGUCUGUGGAGGCCCCGCCGGCUCCAGUGGACCUGGUUGGGUCACGCUGAGGUCCAGUUCGGGUUCAGGACUCUUCACGUGUCCACGUUACAGAUGUUUGUCCUGCUGCACUUCAACGUCCACCAGGAGGUGGACGUCCAGUCUCUGCUGGAGACGUCUGGUGUGUCCACUGCCGUCCUGCUUCAUGCUCUUCAGCCUCUGAUUGGAGACGGGGGACCUCUGUCCUGCAGCGACAUGGACCAACCGGACCGAGGUGUGCUGCGAUUGAACCAGCAGGUGGCGUCUCUGAGCCAGGACGGCGUCCCCUCGUCCGUCCACCUGCUGCCCAGACAGACGUACCUGAACGUGGACGAGGACGCCGGCAGCGCUCUGGAGAGGAAGAGGAACUACGUCUACUGUCUCAUCGUCCACAUCAUGAAGCAGGAGAAGGAGAUGCACAUCGACAACCUGGUCUUCAAGGUUCUGGACUCGUGUCAGAAGCAGGACGCGUCCCGUCCUCGUGGUGGCGUCUUCGGCUGCAGCUCCGGGGACGUCCUAUCCUGCAUCAUGCACGUCAUCAGCAGAGGCUGCAUUCGUCGGCAUGACGACAACCCCCACAUCCUGGAGUUCCUCCCCGAGGACCCGCCCACCCCCCAGAAAGGCCACGCCCACUUCUCCUUCAGCCGGCCCGAGGAUGGAGACGAGGCCAUCAGCCUGGUGGCGUCCUCCCAGCGCCUCGAGGACGGGGUCCUGGACUCGGUUCUGGUCUCGAUGGGACGGACGAUGACGCAGGACGAAGUUCGUCAGCUGAUGCAGAGGACGGUCCAGCAGGUGUCCGGGACUCUGAGCCUGGACCUAGACUGGGCCGAGCACCUCCUGGUCCACUGCCGCUGGAACGUGGAGCUCCUGGUCCAGAACUACAGCGAAGACCCGGAUGCUGUCAUCAUGGCCGCCGGACUCAAGACCAGGACCCCUCAGCCCCCGCCAAGCCCCACCUCCUCCUGCCCCGUGUGCCUCAGCCCCAGGUCCGAGGCCUCAGAACCGGUCCCCUUUCUGAGCUGCAUGCACUACUGCUGCCGGUCCUGCUGGCAGGAGUACCUGACGUCCCGGAUCGAACAGAACCUGGUCAUGAGCUGCAACUGUCCCAUCACAGACUGCCAGGCCCAGCCCACGUCCCACUUCUUCCUCAGCGUCCUGGGGGACAAGGACACCGUUGCCAAGUAUGAGAGUGCCUUGCUCAGGGGCUUCGUGGAGUGCUGCUCCAACCUGACGUGGUGCACCAACCCUCAGGGCUGUGACCAGAUCCUCUGUAAAGACAACGUGGGGAACAUGGGGACGUGUUCCAAGUGCAGCUGGACGUCCUGCUUCAGCUGCAACUUUCCAGAGGCCCACUACCCAGCCAGCUGCAGCCACAUGUCCCAGUGGAUGGAUGAUGGAGGCUUCUAUGAGGGGAUGAACAUGGAGGCUCAGAGCAAACAUCUGGCCAAGCUCAUCUCUAAACGCUGCCCCAGCUGCCAGGCCCCCAUAGAGAAGAACGAGGGCUGCCUCCAUAUGACCUGUGCCAGGUGUAACCAUGGUUUCUGCUGGAGGUGUCUGAAACCAUGGAAACCAACUCACAAGGAUUACUACAACUGCUCUGCUAUGGUGAGUAAAGCAGCUCGUCAGGAGAAGAAGUUCCAGGAUUAUAACGAGAGAUGCACCUUCCACCACCAGGCCAAGGACUUUGCCAUCAACCUGGAAAACAAGGUGUCGUCCAUUAACGAGGCUCUGCAGAUGAAGGCCCUGACCUUUGUCAUCGAUGCUUGUAAAGUUCUGGCUCAGGCUCGUAAGGUGCUGGCCUACUCCUGCGUCUACAGCUACUACAACCAGGAGACGGAGAAGAUGGACGUGAUGGAGCAGCAGACCGAGGCUCUGGACCUGCACACCAACGCCCUGCAGAUCCUCCUGGAGGAGACGCUGCUGCAGUGCACUGACCUGGCCUCGUGUGUCCGGCUGUUGAAACCUGAACACCUGAACACCGGACUGGAGUUGAUCCGACGCAUCCAGGAGCGCCUGCUGGCCAUCCUGCAGCACUCCACCCAGGACUUCAGGGUUGGAUACCAGUCCAAGAGCCAGGAACCAGAAUCUACUCAGACCUCCAACCUGUCCAAGAACAGCAACGCCAACAAAGUGUCCAAGUCAGAAAGGGGGUCGGACUCUGGAGACUCGGACAAUAACAACUACGCAGGCGAAGGAGGCGAAGAGAACGAGGACGACGACGACGAGUACGAUGAAGAGUACGUCCCCGAGUGGCACGAGGACUACGACGAGGACGACAUCGACGAGGACGACUUCUUCUCCGACGACGACGAGUCAGAAAACCUGGAGAGGGACUUCGGCCCCUUCGACUGAUCUGGACUAGACCAGGAAACCUCGGGAAGAGAGCGAGGCUCCGCCCCCUCCUCACGAUCUCUGACGCCACCCGAGGACGUCGGACACGACGGGAGACGAUCUGAGCGACGUCCUCCUUCGCCUGAAGACCCCCAGCCUCCAAACAGCUGCACCCGCUUCACAUAAUUCACCGUCUGUGUUUUCAUUGGUCCAGAGGGAGGACGGCAAGACCAGUUCUGCAACGUUUGAAUCCUGAGAAAAGUCUUAGUUUGGUCUUUAGAUGAUAAAUUAAGUCAAAGAGUUGACUUGGUUCUGUGUUGUUCAUUCACUCAGCUCUCUGAAACCAGCCUAAACCAGAUUAAACCAGUCUGAAACCAGCCUAAACCAGAUUAAACCAGUCUGAAACCAGAUAAAACCAGUCUGAAACCAGAUUAAACCAGCCUAUACUGGAUUAAACCAGUCUGAAACCAGAUUAAACCGGUCUGAAACUUUUUCUAAACAUAUUUGUUUUGUCUCACGUUAUAAUUUGACUUUAACCGAAUAAUCUCUGAACUGAUUUAAUUUUUCCGUCUCUUCUGUUCCGGAUCACCUUGGUUCUGGCUCUGGUUCUGGCUCUGGUUCUGGCUCUGGUUCUGGUUCUGGCUCUCGGUGGUUUUCUUUCACAGAACAAACUGUUUGUGUUGUUUCUUGCUGCUGCUUGUUCGGUUUCUGCCGUGCUGAAGGGAAAGUGUUGCUCUCGUCCUGCUCUGCCUCCAUGUUUCUGGAUGACGUCUUCGGUUAAAAAGAAAAACUGUUCACAUUUAGUUUUUUAUGCUUUGAACAGUUGGACGUUUCUAUGCACCUGAAGAAAGACUCUGAACCCUCGAGUAUCUCUGCAAUAACCGUGGCUAGCAAAGACGCCCCUGCUGUCCUCCGUGUGUCAGGACGUCGUCCCGCUCCCUGUUCUGCUGUAAUUUGACAGAUCUAUAUUCAUAUUGUUGUUCUAUGAUGUUUCUUUGUUGGAGUCGAGCGACUCGGGCUGAACUAAAUAAAAGCUUUUUCUGCUACGA